AUGCCUAUUGAGUAUAGCAAAGAGAGUACUGGUGAAGACCAUCAUAAUAAUGGUGAUGAGUCCAAUGAAGACAAGAAUAUACCACUGCUGAGUACAAUUGAUGAGCUUCAAUACAAUUCUAGUGAUACCGGACAUGUUGAAUCCUCAAAUCAGAAAGACUUUUGUGAUGAUUUGCUUAGUGCAAUGAAAAGAAUUGAAUCUCGUAUGUUUGCUUUGCAACUUUGCUCAAAUCUUGUAAGUUCCACAAAGAACAAUGCAGAUAAGCAAAAUUUGGUCCAAGUAACAAAUCUAGAUAGGCCUCGUGUUGAUGCUGUAUUUCCAAAGAGCAAUGGCACACCAAAGCAAAUUAGAGAAGAGGAAUCAAGAAGUCAGGGUAAGAUUCAACCUCCAACACAAAAAUUGCCCAUGACAAAUAGAGUUACCUCAUUGAAUCAAAAUGAUGUUACUAAGAAGCCAUCAACUGGCCACAGAAAUGGGGAAAAUGUAGCAAGAAACAAUCCAAUGGCUCGGUCAGAAGCUGAUCAAAAUCAUGAGAAAAAGAGUCUUGAUCAUUCUUAUAGACAUCUGCCAGUGAAAUCCACAGCUUCCAGCAUUACAAGGAAACAACCACAACCACAUCAGAUGGUGAUAAGACCAACACUACUGGAUCAAAGGUACAGUGGAAUUAAGGUAUUCUCCCAUAAAAAUAGAGAAGGGUCUGCAUUACACAGAAAAGGAUCCUAUAAGGAAAGGGAUGAACCACAAGACAAGGAUGAUGAUGAAGUUGAAGAGUCUAGUUCAAAUAACUAUCAAUCUUCUUCUAGCUGGACCUCACAAGAAGUAAGUGCCAAUGGUAGUGGUGGUAACAGUUCUGAGGACCACUCCUUGCAAGGUGAGAUAGAAGUUUCCACAUCAGGAACUAUGGUUGAUGCAUCAUAUGAAUAUAGUUCAGAGGAGUGUGAUAAUAAUUCUUAUACAUCUAAUGAUAAUUAUAAUUAUAACUCUUUGAAUAGCUCUAAUAGCCUCAAGUCUGAUAGAUACUACAACAAAAUAAAACCUGAGAAAAAAGUUGGAGGACUAAGGAGGCUGAAGAACAACAUUGACUCAAAGAGGAGGCAAAGACACUCUAUGUGGAGUAACUUGCAGAAUGUCUUCCACCAUAAGAACAAGCAUCAUGGGAUGAUAACGAAUGGAAGCGAUGAGAAGCCAAGGAGAGGAAGUGCUGUUGCAAGAGUGACUCACAAGAACCAGGUUGGACAGUUUCACAGGCUUGUGGAAGGGCUCAUGGGACACAUGCGGCAUGCAAAGAAGCCGAAGAAACCUCACAAGGUUGCUGUGAAAGGUUCAAGGAAUGCGCCACAUGGACAUAGAAAGAAGAAUCCAAAUUGGUGGAAAAUGCUACAACAACACCGGGGAGUGAAGGUGAAGAAUAGAGGUAGAGUUAGAAAAGAGUUCAUAGGCCAAAAAUCACCAAAGAAGCUUACUUAG